UCUUUCUAGAAAUGCCUCGGUUACGAGAAAGAAAACCAAAAAUAAAGGUAGAAGAUGUAGAUGAUGAUUUGAGUAAUGAUGAUGAUGAGGCCAGUGGUGAUAAUGAUGAUACUGAUUAUGAGCCUGUUCCCCAGAAACAGCUCAAACGGAAAAGAAAUGUUGAAGAUGAACUAGUAGAUGAAGAAGUCGCUGCCACUGAAGGUGAUACUAACAGUGUCCCACUUUCUAAAAGCAGAAGGGCUGGUAAUAAAUCUGCUCCAAAACCUAGGACAAAAAAGAUAAAAUCCGAGCAGCUGUAUGUUAAUGAUGAACAGGAGAGUUCAGAGAAUUCAAAUUUAAAGGCUAAACGAACAUUACCACAGAGUAAAAAAGGAAGAAAAAAGGUUAAAGUGGAAAAAAGCAUUGAAAAGAAUGAAGGUGAUUGUGUUAGUUCAGAUUUGCAGCCAUUUGUAUCACCAAAUGAAGAUGUCAGAAUUUCCAAAACUGAAGAAAAGGAGGAAACUGGUGCCAGUAAUCCACCUUCUACUGGACAGUCUUCAUGUGAUACUGUAUUAAAAACAUGUCAGCAACAGUCGUUUACAAGAGGAAAAGUUGGUGAAGCAUGGAAAGAUGAAGAGGUUGUAGCCGAAGCAACCAAUGUAGACGUAUGGAUUGCAAAGAAUGUCAUCACCCUGUUAGAUGAAGACUGUAGUAUUCCAUUUAUUGUGCGGUACAGGAAAGAAAUGACUGGAGGAUUACAGGCAGAGAAACUGCGAGAAAUACAAGCAUCUUAUGAUGAAGUGAAGAUAGUCCAUAAAAAAGUUGAAAAUAUUUUAAAAAGUGUGAAAGAUGAAAGACUAGAUGAAAAUCUUGUUGCUUCCUUUUUAAGUGCCAAAACCCUUGAGGAAGUGGAACUUCUGUAUGCACCUUUCAAACCAGGAAAUAAGAAAACUUUGGCUGAAAGGUCAAAGAAGCUGGGUUUGGAACCUAUAGCUCUGCAGAUUCUUGAAAUGAAGACUUCUCUUUCAAAUGCUAAGUUAUCAUCUUUUGUUAAAUCUCAGAAAGGUAAAUGUUUAAUUUGUAUUUCAUGUUCUUAAUUUAAAGCUGUUUGG